UCAAACGUUAAAGUCAGACAUUGACAUUGAUAAGUAUUGUGAGGUUGUGAAAAAGGGCUUAAAAAUGGCAAAAUUUCUGCUCUUUCAUCCGAUGAAUGUUGCGAUUUUAAUUGCAUUAUUUGUUAUAAAUCAAAUGAAUGCGGCACCCGUUAAUGACACAAACAAAUCGGUUAAAUCAAAUGUUAGAAAUGUUUGUGUUAUUGGAGCCGGAGUAUCGGGCAUCGCAAGUGCGAAACAUUUACUUGAUCAUGGACACAAUGUUACCGUUUUCGAACAGAGUGAAGAUAUUGGCGGUAUAUGGUUUUACACAAAUCAAACCGACAAAAAUAAAUAUGGCUUGAAAGUUCAUUCGCCGGCAUAUAAGGGUUUAAGCGCAAAUGUUCCAUCAUCGUAUAUGGUAUACCCAAAUUUUCCCUAUCCGAAUAAAACCGAGGAACAUCCACCACAACCCGUGAUUCUAAAAUACAUGCAUUCGUAUGCCGAUCAAUUUGAUAUCAAAAAGCACAUAAAAUUGAAUCAUUUGGUUGUUCGAGUUCUUCCCAUCGAAGACGAUAAAUGGGAAGUAAUCGUUAAGGAUUUGCCAAACGAUCGAUUCCAAACAUUUGUUUAUGACUAUGUUUUCGUUUGCAAUGGACAUUUCUCUUCGCCAUACUACCCCACCAUUCCGGGCAUGGACGAAUUCGAGGGAAAAAUGCUUCACAGCCACGACUUUCGUACACCCGAAACAUUCCGAAAUGAAAGUGUUCUUAUUAUUGGAGACGGGGCUAGUGGAAGGGAUAUAGAUAGACUAUUGGAAGAGGUUGCAAAUCGAACUACAUUGAGUGGACACCGCAUGGAUUACAAUCAAACCGAGGAAGAGCGUGAAAUGCGUCUUGAUUAUUUGCAAAACUCGAGGAAUAAAUACCAAUAUGCUGUAAAGCGUUUCACAUCGACUGAAGCUGAAUUCAUUGAUGGCACCAAUGAAACAUUUUCUGUCGUCAUCUUUGCAACGGGUUACAACUAUUCAUAUCCAAUGUUGAGCGUUGAUACAGGCAUCCGUGUGAAUAAUAAUUCAGUUUCACCACUUUAUAAACAAAUUUUCAACAUAGAACAUCCUUCAAUGGUUUUCAUCGGCGUAUUAUCCGAUACGAUAAGCUUUAUAUCCUACGAUUUUCAGGUGCAAUUUGCAAUGAAAUUCGUCAAUGGAGAAAAAAAACUGCCAUUAAAAUCUGAAAUGUAUGCGGAUAUGGAAAUGAGUACUAAAUCGCACCGGUUCCCACAUAAGUAUCGGUGGGAUGAACAAUCAGAAUACUUCGAUGAACUAGCGGAAAUCGGAAGCAUUGAAACACCUGAACUGAUUAAAAAGUUAAUACAAAUGUAAAUGAUAAUACGCCCAAACAUAGAUGCGGAACUACUAAUUUUAACCAUGAUUUUGUGUGCUUGAUGUUGUUAGAAAUCUUGAAGUUUCUAUUCUGUGUUGACAGAGUUGAAUAAAAAAAAAUC